AUGCCUGACAGUUCGGACUCCAGCCGUCGCUCACUGUCAGACGCGGGCAGGAAGCGGCUGUCCAGCUUCCCGUCCCGGCAGCGGCGGAUGGGCCCAGCGCCCCUAGCCUCAUUCGAGGACCUCAGCAUGGAUAAGACAACGUCUGACUCCAGCCCUGAGGAACGCACACAUCUCCCAGAUAUCGGCGAAGAGACAUCCACAGCGACCACACCAGUAACGCCCGUGGCCAAGACGGCCCUCAGCGUCCCGGCCUCCCCGAGAAUCCGCGUCUCAGCAGCGUCGUCGUCGUCGCCGCACGAGACAGAUUCCAAGGAGUCCACCCCAGAGAAAGAACUCUUUUCGGGUUACGCCAAGUCCGGCUUCUGCGAAGACAUGGCGGCGGAUCUGCAUUCCAGCACGGAGGAGCUGGACGCCGACGAGGAGGAGCAGCAGCGCAAGCGGAGGGACCGCGCCUGCAAGCUGGCGGAGCUGGAGCGACGGGAGGAGGCUCUUCGCACGGCGGAUCUCAACCGCAAAGGAUCCUCGUCCUCGGUGCUCAGCGAUGGCCUCCUGCCCGUCACCAGCGGCCACUCCAGCAGGCUCUCCUCCUUAGGCUCUAUAGGCUCAGCGAGACGAUCACCCUCGCCUCACAAGAUGCUUUUAGAAACCUCUUUUUGUGGCAGUCGACCCAUCCAGCAGCCCAGCAUCGACCUGGAAGACCCCCCGGUCACCACCACAAAAAUCAUGAAUUUCACCGUCGAGAAAAUCGAGCGAGUCAAGUCGCCCAUGGAAGCGCGGCCUCCUGACAUCUUCCGCUCGUCGCCGUCGACCGUCCUUCCCCAGAGGCAGGAGGACAUCAUCAUGGCGGUGGAGGCCAUCCCCGCCUCAGAAUUCCAGCCAAGCAAGUCCGAAAUCCUGAUGGCUGUGCCGCCUCCCAGGAAGCAAGUGGAGGCCCAGACGGCACCCAAGAAGUUGGAUGCUGUGAGAGACUCGCAGGACAUCACUGCCAAACCCAGAUCCCCUAGAGAGCAAAAAUCAACGCAACCACCCAAGUCGCCUCAAGCAGUACAAGCCACCAAGCAAGCACAGCAGGAGAAGCAAGCGGACCAACUGGAACCACAACAACAACGACAACCGCUGUCAUCGCCUCGCUCACCACGAUCGCCAAGAAUGCCCAAGAAGGUCCCUGUGCCCCAGGUUCCUGACCUGAAGGACCUCCCGAAGACGUCUCCAACUCCUUCUGCAUCCUCAUCAGCCGCAGUCACUGCCACGACUCCCGAGCACCCGAACGCGCGCUCCUUCUCCACCACUCCCUCGGCGUCCCCAAGAGCCUCCAGAAGACGGAGGACGAGAGGAGAGGACAUAGAAAGCGGGUCUUCCUCUCCCUCAGUCUCAAGAAAAAGUUCCUUUUCGAAUCUUUUCCGAAAAUCGGACGCUGUCAUGAGCCCUGUCACGCCUGACUCUCCAGGAUCUAGUGGACGCAAAAGUCCCUUCAGUCAGUUCAUCAAAUCGGCUAAGAAAGAAUUCCGGUCCAGGAGCAGGUCGAGAAGCCGGAGUAAGAGCCGGGAGAGAGAACUGGAGGAUGACACCCAUGACAGGAGGGGAGUGCUGUCCAUUUUCAGGCCCAAGACGAAGAAGAAGGACGCGGAGAAAACCACAAGAGGCAGUGAGAAAAGCAUUUCUUCCUCUGACGCUAAGCUCAAUGAAGCCAUCACUAAUGUUGAGUUUACCUUUAACGAUGACGGCAAAUACCAGCCCUCGUCCUUCGGGCUGAUCAGACAGGAGAGCGAAAUGAGCAGAGCCAUCAAAGAGCCCCUGAGAGGAGUCCCGCCCCCGGCAGAGGGAGAACCCGAGGCGCCGAAGCAGGACAUGAUCUCCUCCAGGGACAGCUCCUACAAUGAGCUUUCCUCCAUCAUGAGUCCGGACGGAAAAGCUGCUGAGAAGGCCGCACCUCCAGAGUCCAAAGAUGUUUCAGAGAAGGGCAAGAGAGACCAAAUAGAUGACGAUGAUGUAUUUGAAAAGCCCGCCGAGGUCAAGCCAACGAUACCCUCUCCGUCAGUAGAGCGUGUUCAGAAAGAGAAGAAGGUUGAGGAGCCUGUGCUCGAGAAGCCGCACUUGCCGCCAAAGCAGAAGGACCGGCCGGAGGAGCUGACUGUUGCUGCGCCCGACCAAUACGAUGAUUGAGUACCUGAAGACCAAAGCCAAGCAGCAGCAGGCGGCAGAAUCUGGUGUUCCUUUAGACUCCCCCGACGUGGAGAACAAAGGCUUGGUCUCUCAGGACUCCGGCGAGGACGGAGAAUUGCCAUACGUGCCCACAACGCUACCCACAGAACGUCCUCUUGCUGCGCCCAUCAUUCCCGUGAAGGAACGGCCUCCGCACCUCCGCACAACACAGUCCAUCGACCGCCCUCGCAGCACCACGCCCCUCAUCACAGGUCUUUUGGAGGAGUACAAACAAGUAGCGGGGACGCCGGAAGGGGAUCCGGAAAAGAUGAUGAUCAACAUUCCCCAGAGCGGCCCGGUGAAGGUGCUGCCCACCAAGAGCCCGAAGAGGCAGACUUCCAAGAGCUGGGACGACUUCUGCCAGGAAGGGCUGCGCAGCCCCCGGCAACUGAGGAAGCAGUACCGGGAGGCGAGGAUGAAAGUUUCCGAGGACGACGUCCCUCCUCCGCUCCCGCCAAAGGUGCGGUCGCCCGCGCGCUCUCCUGUGUCACAGCCGCCUCCGACGCCGCCCGCCGAAUCCCCAACGCAAGACACCGGCUCCUCCAGAGGGACGCCGGACGGAGCCAAGAGCUGGAUCAACUUCGACGAGAUGCCAGAGAUCGUGCUGAAGCCCGUGCGGCAAAUCAAAACGGUUCCGCCGAGACAUUCCGAGAAGGCUGAGCCGCAACGCGUGUCGGAGAAGGUGCUGAAGGACUGGCGGGAGCCACUCACGCAGGAGCCGCGGUCGCAAGAGGAGAGAAAACCGCUGCAGGAGGAGCCCCGCCGGCUUCCGCCUCCCUUGCCGGCUCCCCUGAACCACGACCUCUUGGACUCGGACAGCGCCCGCACGCCCUCCGAGGCCUCCACGCCCGACAAGAGCUCCGACCGCUCCUCGGACAGCGACAAGCCCACGAGCCCGUCGAGCGAGGAGGGCAACACGGUGCGCGAGCGCCUCGAGGAGAUCAAGAAGGGCGGCGACGAGGGCGAGAACUCCGACCUGGAGAGGCUGCUGGCGCCCGUCAACGAGUGCAUCAACAGGCUGUCGUCGCUGUCGUCGGAGCCGAGCAUGAUGGAGCGCAGGUCGCCCAUCCCGGACAACUGGGCGGACUUCCUGCUGCCGCCCCAGCCAGGGCGGAGGUCGCGCCUCUCCUCCCUGGGGUCCGACGCGGGCUCCGUCGGCGGCCGCUCGCCCUCGCCCUCCUGCAUGCUCCUCGAGACGUCCUUCUGCGGCUCGGCGCCCAUCGACGACCCCGCAGCAGCCGAGCCCGACGUGCCCAUCCCCAUCGCCCGGAAGCUGAGCGGCGUCUCCCUGGGGGACCUGUGCCCCUUCACCCCGCGGGAGAGGUCGCCGGGGCUCAUCCCGUGUGCGGAUAGGACCUCCAUACUCAGCGAUUCCUCAGCCGAGGGCGGGGGCUCGCCCAAGGAAUCGGACUACUACACCCGGCACCACAGCGAGCCGCAACGGAGCCAGCCGGGGGCGGGGCGGCAACUCAACCCGUUCGGCAUGGACUUAGGCGUGAGAAGCAAUCGCUCGUCCGUUGUGUCUCAGGACCAGAGUCCGCCAGAGAGUCCAAAUCAGGCCCUCUACCCCCCACCCUAGGCCACCUUGUCUUCACGUAGAUAAAAAGAGAUAAUAAUAAUAAAUAAUAAAUAACAAUAAUAAUACUAAAAAAAAACAAGUUAUUAAAAAAAAAAAUCUAGACUUUUCGUUGGUCGUUUAGCUCCGGUCGUGUUCAAUUCUUUUUCUAUUCAUAUUCCUUGUAUCUAUGCAUUUAUAAGAGCGUAUUUUGCAUUUUCAUAAUCUAGUACUGGUAGUGUGUUGACGUUGUUGGAACCGGCGUCAUUUUUUUCCUCCUUGUAAAUUAUUGUACAUUAGAUCUCAUCUUCCAAAUGUGAUAGCGAAUGUUGUUGACUUAAAAAAAAGAGAGAGAAGGUAAUAGUAAUAAUUAAAUUAUCUUUUAAUCAU